AUGAGGCCUAUUGGACCUAAACCUGUACAAAAAGACGUAGAGAAAGCAGAGAAAUUGUCAGUAUGUCAGAAUAUUAAUAAAUAUUUAGAUUUAUCACUUUUUAAACACAGAGGCUUUCUUAUCUAUUUAUCCGGGAAUGUCAUUAUGUUUUUGGGCUUCUUUGCUCCAAUUGUUUUCCUGGCACCAUAUGCCAAGCAUAUGGGAAUUGAUGAGUAUUCAUCUGCUUUUUUACUAUCCAUAUUGGCUUUUGUUGACAUGGUUGCAAGACCUAGCAUGGGAAUGGUUGCAAACUCUAAGUAUGUACGUCCAAGGAUACAAUAUUUUUUCAGUUUUGCAAUUUUAUAUAAUGGUAUAUGCCACAUUUUGUGCCCCUUUGCUAACGAUUACACAGGAUUAGUAAUAUAUGCAGUAUUCUUUGGCUUUGCCUUUGGUAUGGUAAGCAGUGUUCUAUUUGAAACACUAAUGGACCUUGUUGGAGCAGCAAGAUUCUCCAGUGCUGUUGGACUUGUGACCAUUGUGGAAUGUUGCCCAGUAUUAAUUGGACCUCCACUGGGAGGCUUUUUGGUGGACAUAACUGGAAGCUACAAAUACAUGUACUUUGUAUGUGGAAUUAUUGUAAUUGUAGCAAGCAUCUAUUUGUUCAUCGGGAAUGCUAUCAAUUACAGAUUACUUGCAAGAGAAAAGCUGGCAAACAAGGCACAAAAUGCAGAAAAAGAGGCUGAACCUUUGAACACGCCAAACUCAGUUGAUGUAGUCAAAAACCAAUCUAACAAACAGACUAAUUCAUCUGAUCGAGAAACAAGUAUAUAA